AAAUAUUUCUCCAAAAUCAUCAUUUUUCCUCCAAACACCUUUGUUUUCAACUCACUGUAAGGCUGUACGCUGCGUUUCAUAAACAAAAGCAAAUUCAUCAUUAACAUUACCCUGCAAUUCGGCAAUUUGCGAAACAAAAAUAGAAAUCGAAAAGAAAACGGAAAGAAAAACACACAAAGUUUAACGGAAAUGGCCGGUGCAUCAUCGUCGGCGGCCAUGGCAACUUCGGCGGUUACAGAGGAGGAGAUGACUUUGACGGUGAAGUGGAGCGGCAAAGAGUACACCGUCAGAGUCUGCGGGGACGAUACAGUGGGAGAGCUUAAGCGGCGAAUUAGCGAAGUCACCGAAGUUCUCCCCAAACGCCAGAAGCUUCUCUACCCUAAAGCAGGACCAAAGCUCUCCGAUGACUCCACCCUCCUCUCCCAACUUCCCCUCAAAUCUUCUCUCAAGAUGACCAUGAUCGGAACUGUUGAAAGUGAUUUAGUUUUGGAACAAAUGGAUGCGCCGGAAAUUAUGGAUGAUUUUGAGCUUGGGCAAGAUGAAGCAGUGGAUAUCAAAGACAAAGAAGUUAAUAAACAGAAACUCAGACGCCGCAUUGAGCAGUGCAAGAUUGAGCUCCGGAAUCCAUGCCGAGAAGGUAAAAAGCUGCUUGUUCUGGAUAUAGAUUAUACUCUUUUUGAUCACCGGUCAACAGCUGAGAACCCCUUGGAACUGAUGCGACCCUAUCUUCAUGAAUUUCUGACGGCUGCUUAUGCAGAAUAUGAUAUAAUUAUAUGGUCUGCAACUAGCAUGAAGUGGGUUGAGUUGAAGAUGAAGGAACUAGGCGUACUUAAUCAUCCAGACUACAAAAUUACAGCACUGCUUGAUCAUUCUGCUAUGAUCACAGUUCAGUCAGAUACCCGUGGGGUUUUCGAUUGCAAACCACUUGGCUUGAUUUGGGGGAAAUUUCCUGAGUUCUACAGUUCGAAGAACACCAUCAUGUUUGAUGAUCUACGGCGGAACUUUGUGAUGAAUCCCCAAAACGGUCUGACCAUAAAGCCAUUCAGAAAAGCCCACGCUAAUCGGAGCAAUGAUCAAGAGCUCGUGAAACUCACUCAAUACUUGCUUGCAAUAGCAGAUCUUGAAGACCUUAGCAGCCUAGAUCAUAACAACUGGGAGUAUUUUAUCGAGGACAGUUUCAAGAGAAGAAGACGGCAGGAAUAGUUGAAGUCCACUUUAAUGAUUCCGGAAUGACAUUCCUUCCAUUCUCUGGACUUGGGAGCUCAUUUUGCCGAUCAAUUCAAUUGACAUAAAUAUGUUCAAUUGUAUUUUUUCUUUCUAGGGUGCAACAAAACUUGUGAAGAAAUGCAUCUAGCCCUUUUGCUGGAAGACUUAGAAACCAAAUGAAAAUCCUUGGAAGUAGUUAUAUAGAAAAUAUCAGCUGGUUGCAAAGAAACUCUGAAAGUGGUACAUUACUAUUAUUCUUUUCAACUCUCUGGAUUCACCAGAAUUGCUAUGCGCUCCAUUAGAGUAUGUAUCCGUCAAGAAGAUGAAUGUCAGUUCUGAGGUCUUUAGUCCAUUAGCUUGUGGAAAAAGACAAGUUUUGCAGAUAUGUUUUGUGAAGGGAAAUGCUCAAUGAACUCUAUCCGAAGCAGCCAUUUUUGCUUUCAAUACUCAACUCAAGGACCG